CCGGUGAGUCAGUACCAUUAAUUUAAAACUAAGCCAAUCUGAUCCCUAGUUACAAUACCAUGUAGUUGUGGUUGUCUGCAGUCACAGGAGUGUUUUUGGAUUGAGAUAUAUUCACAUGAUUACAUGUGUCUUGCAUGCUACACUAAAUUCUGAACACAUGGGUGGACAUGAAGAUAUUUUCUCAUGCGCUCACUUACAUUCACUCAGUCAUUCUUGCAGUGUUAUAUUAUCCAUAAACAAUACACACCUUAUCAUGCAGGUCUACUGUGGCUCCAUGUUGUAAUAACUUGUCCACCACCUCCACAUGUCCCUCCUGAGAUGCAGCCAUCAGUGAACUC